CUUGCGUGGUCACUUCCGCUUCCGCCGGACAUUCGAUUCAGUGGAUUCGGCUGUUGACUGGUUUCGCGAGACGCUGCAUACCUACGAUUACUGGCUAGUCUGGUGCCUCACGGUACUGGGUGAAUCGCUACGAAGAGGGCAGGAAAGCAGUUGGGACUUUGGAGCCGCAUUUGGGAUGACCCGGGCCGAAUUCACACGGAGCGUCCGU